AUGAUAUAUUUUCUCUUUUCCAAUUCUAUAUCUCGGUCUAUUAUCCUAUCUCACUAUAUAUGUAAUAUAUAUUUACAAAUUGUCUAUCUAUCUAUUAUAUUCAUGAAUUAUAUAAUUUAUCAUUAUAUAUCUAUCAUCAUCUAUAUAUAUAUAUAUAUAUUUAUCAAUCUUUCUAUUUAUAUCUAUCUAUCUAUCUAUCUAUCUUUUCAUAUCUAUCAUCUUCUAUCUAUCAGUCUCUUCUAUAUCUAUCAUCAUAUCUAUCUAUUAUCUAUCUAUCUAUCUAUCUAUCUAUCUAUCUUCAUUAUAAAUCUUUCUAUCCAUAUCUAUCCAUCUAUCUAUCUUAUCUAUCUAUUUCAUCUAUUUCUAUCUAUCUAUCUAUCUAUUCAUCUAUCUAUCUAUUAUAUCUAUCUAUCUAUCUAUCUAUUUCUUCAUUAUAUAUAUUAUCUAUAUCCAUCCAUUUAUCUAUCUAUAUAUCUGGGUUCAUCUAUUAUCUAUAUAUAUCUAUCUAUCUUCUAUCUAUCUAUCUAUCUAUCUAUCAUCUAUCUAUUCAUCUAUCUAUUAUCUAUCUAUCUAUCUAUCUAUCUAUCUAUUCUAUCUAUCUAUCUAUUUAUCUAUCUAUUCAUCAUUGAAAAAUCAUUUUCUAUCUAUUCUAUUAUCUAUCUAUCUAUAACUGUUAUCUAUCUUAUUUAUUUAUCUAUCUAUCUAUCUAUCUAUCUAUCUAUCUUCAUCUUUAUCUAUUUAUCUAUCGCCGUCUCUUUCUAUAUAUCUAUAUCUGUUAUAAAUCUUCGCCUAUUUCUAUCUAUCUAUCUAUCUAUCUAUCUAUCUAUCUAUUUCUUCAUUAUAUAUCUUUGUCCAUAUCCAUAUAUCUGUUUUUAUAUAUCUUUGUCCAUAUCCAUAUAUCUAAAAAUAUAUAUCUUUAAAAUUUCUAUUUUAUCUAUCUAUCUAUCUAUCUAUAUAAAUCUAUCUAUCUAUAUCUAUUCAUUAUCAUCUAUCUAUCUAUCUAUCUAUUUAUUUUUUUUUAUAUCUUUUCAUAUUCAUUAUCUAUCUAUCUAUCUAUCAUCAUACUAUAUAACUAUUAUUUAUCUUUUCUCUCUUAAUCUUCUUUAUAUGCCUAAUUCUAUUAUUUAUUCUAUCCGUCUAUCUAUCUAUCUAUCUAUCUAUCUAUUAAUCUAUAUUUUUGCGGCUUAUAUUAAAUUCCUAUCUAUUAAACAAAGAAAAUAA